AUAAUCAGAUACUAGUACUACCUGCGCGUCCGAACCGGUUCGAAGUCGUGCUAACAACUUCCAGUGCUGCCUGCUGAUUACUCCGCGCCAGUCGUCGCAUAGCUACACACCAUCGAUCUGCUUCUGAGCCGACUCGAAAGCUACACACGAACGAUCUGACGCGCGGACCUAGACUUUCGCGAUCAGGCUGUCCUCUCAGCUGCACCACGACACGAGCUGUUUGGCCCGAGUGCUUGCGUCUAGGCGCUUGUGAGUACCGCGGAUUCGUUACCCAGCAGUUCGGGCAUCAUAUAUCCAUAAUCGGAAAUCGCCGCUGCUAUCAGAAUGAAGUCUAGACUAAAAGUGCAGCAUGAGUCAGAAUCUAGAUCGAUUUACUGCACCAGAAGGAGCAGCAGCAGCAGCAGCAGCGGAGGCAGAAGGCACCAUAGACGAGGGAGCCUAGUUACCAGCAGCAGCAGCGGCAACUUCGGCAGCCGCACACAGUCGUGGCUGUCAUCUAGAUACUGGCUCGUGCCGCUGGCGUCCCUGCUUCUCUUCUCCGCGGCGACUGCUCACCUCACACAGGACGGCAGCAGCGCGAUUGCCGCCGCGAUCGGCGCAAACGGCGGGGCAGCGCACUUCACAUCCCGGGUCUUCCUCUCGCUUGACGCCGCCAAAUCCGCCUCCGCGCCACUUUCGCGGAGGCAUGCGCGCGUGCUGGCGGGUAAGGCGGCGGACGGCGUGAACGCGCUGCUCAACAUCUCGUCGCCAUUCAACAACUUCGGGCGCAUGUACACGCUGCUGACCCUGGGCACGCCGGCGCGCACGUUCGUGGUGAACGUGGACACGAGCACGAGCCUCUCCUGGGUCUCCUGCGACUGCCUGCAGUGCCCCUCCUCCUCCUCCAUCGUCAGCCCGCUCUCCGAGUUCUCAACAGCAGCAUCGUCCACCGCCAAGCCUGUGGGGUGCAAGGACGCAGCAUGCUCCCCCGCCCCCGUGUUUGGCUGCAACCAGCUGGCGGAGGGGGGCAAGCAGGGUGUGUGCGAGUACGCCCUCGCCACCAACGGCACGCUGGUGGCGGACCGGAUCGGCCUCAUGGCUGCUGAUGGCACCACUACCAGCGCUGCUGCGACUGUGGUGUUUGGUUGCGCCAGCGUCCGCCCCAUUGAAGACCUGGACGACCCAGUGGCAGUGGACGGAGUCCUGGGUCUCGGCGCCCGGAGCUACUCUGUUCUCAACCAGCUGGCGGUAGCGGCCGUGGUGCCGGCGGCCUUCUCCCUGUGCUUCGACUCCACGUCCAACUCGGGGUUCUUGUCGCUAGGGGCGCCUCUCGUCCCACCCAACGUUACUACCACGGACUAUGUGGGCUUCGACAAUGACACGCGCUACUUCCUGCCGCUGACUCAGAUCCGCGUGGGCGGGAGGGCAGUGAAGGGCAGCGCGGUGGUGAGCAAGCUCAACGCGGACCUCACAGGGGGCUUCACAGUCAAAAGCAGCUACCUCUCCUCGGGGCUUAAAGCCGACGUGCAUGCUGACCUAGUCAAACUCGUGUUUGCCAACUCGUCUCUGCGCCGAGCUGACAUGGACGUCUACUCAUGCGUGCACCUCACCGUCUUUGAGGCGCAGGAUAUGGUGUUUCCGUCCAUCUUCCUGGACGUGAAGGAGGGCUCGCUGGAGAUCACAUCCAACAACUACCUCAUCAAAUAUGGCGAGGACAGCACGGGCAUGAUUCUGUGCCUCUCAGCGAUCGUCGUCGAGGAUGACCUGGCCAACGGGUUCAUUGGAGCCCUGUGGCUGAGAGACCUCUACCUGCGCUUCGACCUCAGCAAGAAGAAGCUCGCCUUCCGACCCCUCAACUGUUCAGCAGGGGAGUACUUCACAUCGAUCCCAGCGCCCCCUCCCCCAGCACCGCCUGCUGCUGCCCCGCCCCCAGCACCAGCACCUACAGCAGCCAACAGCACGGGCCUCCCUGCUCACGACAAGGAGGGGAACAAUGGGGUCAUUCCUAGUGACCUCCCAGUAGCGCUGCAGAGCAACGGAUCGUCUGACGCCAGUGCCUCAGGGGGGACCAGUGGCAAAGCAGGACGGCCGUCUUAUUCUCUCCAGCAGCCCCACUCUUUUGCUGCUCUUGCUCUGGCUUUCCUCACGCUGCUUCUAGUGUAAAGUUACCUGUACCCUACCAGGCCAGCACCGUACAGUAGUUGAACAGACCCCAUUACUAGGCCUGUCUCGCAAAGGGGGGUGGGGGGGUGGGGAAACUCGAACUCAACGCCCCCUCCAGUAUCGACUGUAGCAGGCCGGUAACAUAUCGUAACGACUGUGAAACUACACAAAUGUAUGUUAUGCAUGUUUGCAGUUAAUCAAUGGGUUGAUAAAUCUCAGCGUUAACC